AUGGACGGUCACGCAAAAAGUCGUGGCUCCUUAGAACCUGGAGCAGCAACAAGUCCCUUACCUUUUCUACGCUCUGAGCCUGCCCCAGUCGAUGAAGUGACGGAGAGCCAACUUCUAACGCGCUUCCAGCCAAGAAUAAGCAAAUAUAGCUCCAUCUCUCAUGACGCUUGCAUAGAGUGUCAUGUGGACCUGUUUGGGCGAGGUGGAGUGGGAAAGGUGGUUGGGGGAAUGAACGCGCACGAUGGCGACUUUACAGCACUGUGCGCCCCAGAAGCACUACCAGAGCGUAUUGGCUUCUGCUCGUAUUUUAUUGAAUAUGCCUUUGUCUAUGAUGAUGUUGCAGUCGACGCUAUUCAGCCAACAAACCCUUUAUUGGAGGACACUACCUUAACGAGGGUUCUUGGGACAAGGAAAGUGGAAAUUCUCAUGGAACCAAAUGAAGUUCAUCGGACGAGAAAGCAAAUUGGGGCAAAGAUCUGGGCGAUACUGAAAGAAAUCGAUCCGGACUACUACAGUCGCUGCCAAGCUAACUUCACUCAGUGGCAUGUGACAGGCAGGCAGAUGCGCGACAAGCAUUUUACCAGCAUAAAAGACUAUCUGGCCACCAGAGCCUUGGACUGUGGAGCGAAUUGGGUGGCCCGUAUGAUGGGCUGGGCUAGUGGUGUCGUACUCACACCAGAAGAAGAAGAACAAGCCGGACCGGUUACAUAUCUAGCCUACGUUGUCUUAGCUGUCACGAACGAUAUCUGGUCCUGGGAGAAGGAGAAGCGGGUAACAAAGAAAUCAGGAGGAUCGAUCCCACUCGUCAACGCCGUGCAGAUGAUUAUGCAGAUACAUGAUACGGACGAAGAAAUCGCGAAAAGGGUUGUCUACAACAUUAUCCGUGAGCAUGAAGAACGCUAUUGCUGCCUCCGUGAUGAUUAUCUCAAAAGGUCAGAUACCUCAUUAUCAAUCAAAAAGUGGUUUCAGAUCCUUGAGCUAUCCAUUGCUGGAAAUGCACUGUGGAGCAUCCGCGCUAUACGAUAUCAUCAAGACGUCCAGAAUCCCUACAGAGGAUCUUUUGACUUCCCCUCCGUCUUCAGCUCUCUGAGGAUAACGCAAUUUACUCCAGAUAUGGGAUCAGGAAAUGGGGACAUCGCAGAUCCAGAAAGAAAGAAUCCAGCGUUGGCGGCAAUACCGCAGCUGGACGACACAAUCCUAUGGAAGCCAUACGAAUACCUCACUUCCACACCAUCGAAAGGUUUUCGCAAUCUUUUGAUAGACGCUCUUCAAGAGUGGUACAAGGCCCCACAAACCUCCCUGGCCGUUAUUUCUGGCGUGGCCUCUCUGCUCCAUGAAGCAUCUCUAAUGUUAGAUGAUAUACAAGACGACAGCCCCCUCCGGCGCGGCAAGCCUGCAGUACAUACCAUCUUCGGCGUGGGUCAAACCAUUAACUCUGCAUGUUUUCAAAUAAACAACGCCCUGCGCCUGUGCCUGCAGCUUUCUCCUUCUGCAUCGCUGAUCUUCUCCGAUCAAAUUGCCCAACUCUUCGCCGGCCAAGCCCACGACCUCCAAUGGGCCAGACACAAAAGCAUCCCGACAGAGGAAGACUACUUCAGAAUGGUCGAUGGCAAAAACGGUGCCCUCCUGAUAUUGAUAUCGCGGCUCAUGCAGAACGAAGCCACACAAAACCGCACCCUCGACCUAACCCACUUCAUGAACCUGAUCGGACGAAGCCAUCAACUUAGAGACGACUACCAGAACCUGGUAUCUCAGGACUACACAACCCAACGCGGCUUCUGCCAAGACCUUGACGAGGGAAAAUUCUCAUUCCCACUGAUUCGCGCUAUACAAAGCAGUACAGACGCUACUGUUCUCAUGGAAUGGCUACAGCAGCAAGGAGAAAGCAACACGUCUCCUGAGAUGAAGACUUUCAUCCUUGGGAUGAUUGAACGGAGUGGGAGCUUGGAAGCGACCCGAAGUGUUUUGCGUGAUCUUUCUGUAGAAAUGAUGAGGCAGCUUGAGAAAAUUGAAAGCUUGACAGGGGUAAAGAAUUGGCUGUUGGGGAGUAUUUUGGCGAAGCUGCAGGGUGAGCUUUCUUCUCGUAGGGAUCAGGCGAGUAAGACGGAGAACACUUUAGAAAGUGUGUUGCGCGUGUGGGGUAGGUACCGGGAUGAGGCGUGGAAGAAUGUUUUAAACUAG